GAUCAUGCCACUUGCCUUUAUAUCAUUACCAUCCAAUGCAUUUAGGUGUUCCUAACGGCAAAUUGUGUGGUCACUGCAUAUGACAGUGUAAUAAUAAAUAAAGUCUAAAACAACAAGUUAUGGCAAUAUAUUGGGUUGUAAUAACCAGUAGCUUGUGUUUUGUAAGACGAAGCCUCAUCCAGUGGAGAGCAGCGGCGCUGCAGGAUGGGAGAACGAGAGGAAGUUCUUCAGGAACUUCUGGCAGAGCAGAAUCCAGAGUUUUUUCUCCCCUCCUCUGGAGAAGAAGUGAAUCUAGUUCCGUUAACGGAGGAAUAGAGGGGGGGCGUCAUCGAACUUGGGGGAAAACGCGAUUUCCGACGCAUUCUUGCUUUCUGCGCCGUUUCUCUUAUGGAAAAACUGGGAAAAGAGUGAACUUUCCUCCCCGCGUCCCGAGGAAAACUUCACCAACAGAAGGGGCGAUGAGAUGCGAGUGAGCUAUGCCUUGUAGAAAUGGACAGAUUGUGUUUAAGCGAAAACAUGGCGUCUGUCUCCCAAAGUUUGGAUUAUUUUCCAGUCUGCUCUUUGCGCUCUGCUGCCUCGAGGCGCGCUCGGGCGUCACGGCAGACGGGAGAGCGUGCAGCCCGUGUCCGGGUAACUGCUCGUGCUCGGCGGUGGGACCGCAAAAUUUGUGCGUGGUUAAUUGUUCCAACAUCGGACUGGAUCAGGCCCCAGCGGCGUCCGACCUACCGACCGACACGCACGCUCUAGAUCUAUCCAGAAACCACAUUGCCUCUGUGGAUUCCAGCCUCUUUGAUCACCUCACCGCCCUCAAGGAGCUGUAUCUUCAGAGCAAUCGUCUGGUCACUCUUCCUCGCGGGAUCUUCGACUGUGGGCCGUUAGCUGUGCUAGAUUUGAGCAACAACCAGAUCACCACCAUCGAGGAACGAAUGUGUGAUCAUUUAUUGAAUUUAACUACAAUAGAUCUGAGCUUUAACCCAUUCGUCUGCGACUGUAAGCUGGUGCGCUUGGUGAGCUGGCUGCAGGACCAGGGCAUUCGAGUGAAGCGACCCAACUCUAUGCUCUGUGACCGGCCACCCGAGGUGAAAAACCAACCGCUGCUCAACGUCAGUGUGCACACCUGCGGGCUGACGUACGCGGGCUGUCUACAGGACGAGGAGCAUGCGGCAGGCGUGGAGCUGGUCAUCUUCUCCUCCUCCACUCCCGGUUCGUUCUCGCGUGAGGAAUGCAACUCCAAAUGCUUCCAUGAGAACCAGCUCUACGGCGGUCUGGGUCAGCAGAGAGAGUGUCUGUGCAGCACCAACUCAGAGCCCAAUCACAUCAGCGAGUCCCAGUGUUCGGCCGCGUGCUCGGACCCGCUGGUCAUGAAGGAGUGCCGCUGGACUGUGGCGCAGGACGUGUUUCAGGUGAAUUUCUCCGCCUCUCUUCCUUCUCGCCGUGUGUCUGUUCAUUCCGAGGCUGUCCUGUCUGUCGCCUCGUCCGUCUUCCCUGCCUCUUUCUCAUGGGACUUCGGUGACCUUUCACCCCGGGUCAAUACCUCUACACCCAACACCACGGCGAGGCAUAAGUACGGUGUCCCGGGACGGUACCAGGCUCAAGUGAGUCUCUCAGCAGGUCACCAGGAGAUCGUGGCGCAGGGGAACGUGAGCGUGGAACUGCCCCCUCGACUCGAGCUCCACUGCCCCGAACUCAUAGUGGCCAAUCAGAGCCUGGAGGAGGCGGUUUCUCUGGUCAACUGGGGCGGAGUGGGCGUAACCGUGGACUGGAGGAUCACGAAGGAUGGAAGUGAGAUAGCAAGAGCGGAGCCGCUGUGUUUGCCAGAUGCGAUCCAUCACGCUGACUCAUCCCGCUGUUUCCUGUUGGUGUCGGAGGAAGUCAGCUGGUCAGAUGCACGUCGGAAUUGUUCAGCCCGUGGGGGGGAGCUCGCCGUGGUGCAUUCCCAAACUGUCCGGGACCUUCUGGCCCCUCGAAUCACACAGGAGCGCGGCGUGUGGUUGGGUUUGAGCGAUCAGUACUCUCCCCGUGUCCUGUGCUGGGUGGACGGUUCGGAGUCCUCUGAGCAGCCCCACAGCGACACACACCUCUGUGCCCAACACACCCGCCGGGAGCGUAGAGGUUGUGGUGACCUCUGCGCCCCCAUCACUGUCUGUCAGGCCCCGGAUGAGUGGAUCAACGACACAUCCGUCCCAUCAGCGGCCACAGCAUGUCCAGCGGGACGCCAGUACUGUCCGUACACUGAGCGCUGUCUGCCCUUGGCCAGCCCCUGUCAUCCCGGAGCUUGUGUGAACUGUUCUGGGGUCAGUCCUCUGCCUGCGGGCACACAGUAUCCUGAUUACAGACUCGUCAGGGAGGUGCUGAUCACCCUUCCAGCCGGACCGCCAUCCAACGUCCUGGUCCAGGAUGGCAUAGAGGACUUAUUGGUUUCCCCUGGCGACUUCUUUGCCCUGCAGCACGACGCCGGGCCGUCAGGACUCCUCCAGUGCUCCUCUGACCCCUCGUCGCCAUGGAAACAGAGUGUGCUCAUCCAGAACCGCUCCAAUUGGUGGGACGCAAACGAGACGCUUCAGGUGGAUGCGGAGGGCGGCUGGGAGGAGGACAUGGUGUGCCAGGUGAGGGUGCUGUAUGUGGGGCAGAACAGCACCGCGCUGCAGGGUUCCUUUCUCCGCUCUGGCCUCCCUCAGCUUGGCGACCACAGUUUGGAAGUGACGUCCAGCGAUGAGGAUUUUCCUGUCACCGCAUCCUGUCCCAUCCAUGUCGUUCCACCUCUGGGCCCAACCGUGAUCUAUCCCACCAAUCGCAAUGGGACGGUGUACUUCCUGCCCAAUCAGACGUGGAUUCUCGUCAUGGUCCGCUCGCAGCACGACGCUCAGAUUGGGUGGCAGGUCAGCAACGAGACCGUUCCCGUUCAUGACACGUGUCCCGAGAACCUGAUGGCGAAAGUGGCCGAAUGCAGGCAGCCCGACCCGUACAACGACACCAUGUUCGCAUGGUUUGACCUCCAGCUCGGGUCCACACCGGAGCAGACCAACGUGCUGCUUCACGUCCAGAGCAACGUUACCACAACAUCGCUACAAAUUCAGGCGAGGGUGCAAGAACCUCUCCAGGGGCUCGUCAUCAAACCCCAUCCUGCUCACAGAGUCCUUAUGGAGUCCGUAGUGAGUUACACGGCUUCUGUGGAGGGAGGUACGGACCCGUCGUUCAAAUGGACGGUGGAUGAUAAACCAUACUUCACAUACUAUAACAGCAUGUUAAAUAUCAUCUACCAGAACACAGCAGUGUACAAACUCACGGUAACGGCUAUGAACCAGGUUAGCAUGCUGACAGAGCACUUCAACGUCACGGUGGACCGCAUGAACCCGAUGACUGAGCCGACCGUCCAUGGAGUCCCCAAAAUCGUGCAGCAGGGUUUGCCCCUGAACCUCUAUGCAUCGGUGAAGAUAGACAUGGCGGUGGAUGUCGCCUUCUGGUGGUGGUUUGGAGAUGGAGGAAACCGUACACAUCAGUUUAAGCCCCCUUACGAUAACCCCGCUAGUAACCAGGUGGUGAUUCAUGACGAUGUGUCAUACAUUUAUGCACAGCCAGGGGAGUACACCCUAUUGUUCUCUGCUUCCAACCGCUAUGAGAACAAGACAUGCAAGGUCAACGUAUACGUCUUUAGCAUUCUGACAAGUGUGCGAAUCGAGAUCAACCCACCCCUGCUACGUGCUGAAAAACCAGCUGACUUUGAGGCCCACCCCCUACCGUCUCCCUAUGGCAUCAUCUACACCUGGAACUUUGGUGACAAUUCGAGUGUCCAGCAGGGACGUGAACGUAGGGUUCCUCACGCUUACAAUCACAGCGGUGUCUACAAUAUCUGCGUGAAUGUGAACAACACCAUUAGCUCGACAGACACCUGCAUGGAAGUUAUUGUCUAUGAGGACGUUAGGGGCUUGGAGGUGAUGCCAUCUGCUCCCACGGAACGCAACAUGCCUACCAUUGUCACGGCAAGUCUGGAAGCAGGCAACAAUGUAACUUGGAGCUUUGACAUGGGUGAUGGAACAGUGCACACUGGUGUGGUACCCCAAGCUGAAUAUACGUACAGGAAAGAUGGAAACUACACCGUAAAUGUCACCGCAAAGAAUGCUGUGAGCUCUCAGUGGGUAACAAUACCUGUUGAGGUGUUUGUGCUACAGGUGUUAUCGCUAGAACCUUCUGGGUGCAUUCAAGAAAACAAAGAGGUACGUUUCCAUGCAUUUGUGUCAGGGAACGCUUCAGGACAUCAGUAUGUGUGGAGUUUUGGAGACGGAAGCCCCAAUGAAACUCAGUAUGGAACACCACUGAAAACACACUCAUACGUUAAGAGUGGAGAGUACCAUCUCUCGCUACUUAUGUCAAGUGAAGCUAACAAGGCUAAUUUUUACACAAGGAUCUGCGUCCAACCUGAACUCACAACAGUGUCUUUGUUUCCUCUGAGAACACACAUCAAGUUCGGUGAGGAGAGCAAAUUUACAGUAGCUGCCUUCCCAGAAUUUAACUACACCUACCUAUGGGAUUUUGGGAUUCUUGACACAAGAGGUCCUGUUCGAGGUGGUAAGGAGAUGGCCUUUACAUUCAAGAGUCCUGGGGAAUAUCUGGUCACAGUUUCUGCGCUCAACAACAUCUCCUGUAUCAACGACUCUGUUUUAGUUGUGGUGCAAAAAUCUGUAGUUUUUUUGCUGAUCAGCCAUAAUGGAGAUAAAGAGAACAAUCUUUCUUUACACCAAGACUAUGCUUUCAAGGCAUCUUCAGACUCUGUGAAUGCUGUCUACAUCUGGGAUUUUGGAGAUGGGAUUCAACUUAAUGGGACAAACGUAUCACAUGCUUACAAUUCCUCAGGCAGGUUUAACAUCACUGUUACAGGCAAGAAUGAAGUUAGUGAAACCAAAAAUGAGAUUUCCGUUGUGGUCUUGGCACCAAUCACUGGACUGUCGGUAAAUGCCAGCCUUGUCAAUGUCCCUUUGAACACUUCCGUCCACUUUGAGGCACACCUUGACCAAGGAGAUGAUGUAAGGUACUCUUGGAUUCUCUGUGACCGGUGCACCUCUAUCCAAGGCACUCACACCAUGUUCUACACUUUUCGCUCUGUUGGGACCUUCAAUGUCAUUGUUACUGCAGAGAAUGACAUCGGUACGGUUCAGUCAAGCAUUUCCAUCUUUGUGCAGCGUGAGUUGGAGGGCUUACAGAUAGUGGCUGAUGAGCUUAUUGAAGGAUGCUGUUUUGCAACCAACCGUGUCCUUCACUUACAAGCCUCAUUAAAAGAGGGCACCAACAUGACCUUCAGCUGGAACCUUCUGAGGGAACAUGAGAACCAUGACUACAACCUCACGGGCAAGACCAUAGACAUCAAUUUUUUCACCCCCGGUCCUUGUGAUGUGCUCCUCAAGGCAACCAACUUGCUUGGCCAGCUGGCUGUGAACAAAACUAUUGAGUUUCUGGAUCCUGUGAGGGAGCUGGUCAUUAAGAUUUCACCAAACCCUGCUGCAGUAAAUGCUAUGACAAAUAUGACAGUAUCUGCAACUUUUGGGACGGCCCUCCAUUACAGAUGGUGGGCAAAUGGUGAACUGUUAACAUCUGACAUGUCCUCUGUCAUGCACAGUUUCAGAAGUGCAGGUUUGAAACUGGUUAAAGUGGAGGUUUCCAACAAAGUCAGCUCGGAAAUGGUCUCGAAGUGGAUCAGCAUUCAAGAACCGAUCUCGGGAUUGACUUUCAUCGCCACAAAUGUUACAGAGAACUUUGUAGCAUCGGGGGACAAUGUUUCGCUGCGUGCAGAAACACAGAUGGGAUCCAGCAUUUCGUGGAUGUGGCUAUUGCCAGACAACACAAAAUCGAACCAACGCACCACGUCCUAUAUCUUCCCCAAACCGGGAAUUUUCACUGUUGUGUUGAAUGCCACUAAUGACAUCAACAGAGAAACAUGCUCACGUGACUUUACUGUUCAAGACCGUAUCCAGGGUCUGGAGCUCAAGGCCAGCAAACAAAUUGCUGCGGUUGGGGAAAACGUUGAGUUUACCAUCUCUGUAUCAUCUGGAACUUCUGUUAAUUUCAUCCUGAGCAUUAGUGGUGAUGCAACUGUCGUUCUGAACAAUCAAACCUACAUCCACCAGUUCACUAGUGUGGCCAAGUACUACGUCAACCUUACUGCCCACAACCAGGUGAGUUCUGAACGAAGGACUCUGCAUAUUGAAGUCAUGGAGCCUGUGACCAAGUUGACUAUAAAGGACUGCUGUGAUGCCGCUAUACCUGUUGGCGUAUCUAGGGCUUAUGUAGCAUGCACGCCAACACGUGAGCCGCUGACCAUUCUGUGGACCUUUGACCUUCAUCAUGGUCUCAAGAUUUCUCAGGUUGGCAAGUCAGUGACAUAUGCGCCAGAACAGCCAGGCAAUCUGACCAUAUUCCUUAGAGCAUUCAAUUCCCUGAAUGGAUUAAAUGUGACCAAGGUUAUACGAGUUCAGAACAGUAUCAGGUCAGCCACCUUGGAUGCUCAACCAAGCGACACCUUCGUAAACAAGACGGUCAGCUUCCAUGUGGGAAUCACUCCUAUUUCCACUCCAGCGACAUAUCAGUGGGACUUUGGGGAUGGUACUUCUGCAGCUGUAACAACUACACCUUCUCUGAGCCAUAUCUACAUCCUUCCUGGUCACUAUGUGGUGCGAGUCAAUGUCAGUAACCUGGUGAGCUUGGUUACAGCACAGGUUGAUGUUAACAUCUCUGUCCUAAAGUGCGACGAACCAGAAGUUCAGAUCAUUCAAGCUCCACGACUCGCCAUCUGGCGUUACCAGCCAACCUUGGUAGAGGCCAAUGUGAACUUAAAAGGCUGUGGCCUCUAUGGAGUAGAGUACCUCUGGGAGAUCCUUACCACCCCUCGCUGUCAGGAUGAUGAGAAGAAAGGUCCACCACCAUCUAAGGUCCGUCUCCCUCCAGAAGUCAACGUCCGGAGGCUCCAACUUUCAGUGCCCAAGAUGUCGAUUUCUGCUGGGAACUACACUCUAGUUUUUUCUCUGUCCUAUGAGGGGGUGCCACUACGGAAGGCAGCCUGUAUUCAACUUUCAGUCAUGUCCAAAAAGCUGGUGCCAAUCAUUGAGGGUGGCACAUACCGUGUAUGGUCCAAAACUCAAGAUUUGCAUUUGAGUGCAGAGCAGUCCUACGACCCUAACUUGGACCUGGAGAACCAGCCCCUGCUCAACUACCACUGGGAAUGUGUGAGCACUUCAAAGGGCCCAGCUCACUGCUCCACUCUGCAUUUCGGUUUGGGGCCAAGCGACCCGGUUCUGGGAAUCUCUGGUUCUGAACUGGAGGUGGAUGUUGAGUAUACCUUUCGCCUGUCCGUCAGCAAAGAAGGCAUGACCCCAGAAUCCACAAACCAAACGGUGUGGGUGCAGAACGGUCGCAUCCCGAUGGUGUCGCUGGAGUGUGUGUCGUGCAAAGCUCAGUCUCGCUACGAGAUCAGUCAGAGCUCUUAUGUGUACCUGGCUGGCACCUGCAAUAACUGUCACAGCUCACACAGAGGGCGCUGGACGGCGAUGACUGGAGGGAACGAGACGCUGGUGCUGGAUCUGAACACCACCACCACAGGCAGCGACAGCAUGAACCUGGUCCUGCGACAGGGCAUCCUCCGUGACGGAAACUCCUACAUAUUCAGCCUCCAUGUGACCGAUGACAGCAUGGACCGCGAAGGAGUGGCCUACAUCGAGCUCCACCCCAACCUGCCGCCUGCCGGCGGGACAUGUUCUCUGUGGGCGGAUGGGGACGGGCCUCAGGUGCGCACACUGCUGGAGAGAGUGCACUUCAACUGCUCAGGUUACACUGAUAUGGAUGAGACAGAGUCUCCGCUGGUCUUUAGUCUGCUAGCGGUGCGCUGCUCUGGGAUGUACUGCGAGGAGUUCUGUGUGUAUAAAGGCACGAGUUCAGAACAUUCGGCCUUCCUGCCGCCGGGUUUCAGCUCGGCCCGGUACCAAGUGACUGCGCUUGUUAUGGUGGAGGACCACCAGGGGGCGACAGUCAUGGCCCGCAACAAGUCGAUGGAGGUGGUGCUGCCGGCGGUUCCUGACGGAUUCAGCUGUCUCCCUCACUGGCUCAGCAAUCUAACCGACUCCACCCUGAGAGAGCUGCUCCGUCAGGGAGAUUCACAGAGAGUACGGGAGCUCUCGCUCGCUCUCAUCACCGUCCUCAAUGAGUAUGAGCAGGGUGUUUCCCGCAGACGUGAGCGCGUGUCUAAGGCAGAGCGUCAGUAUCGCGUGAGCGUCAGAGGAAACAUCACCAGAGCGCUGACAUCACUGGACCUCACCACGGUCAAUGACAUCCAGCAGACAUCAGCGGCGCUCGCGCAGUGCACGGCUGUGAGUCGAGAGUUUGUGUGUGAAGAGUGUCAGAACAGCACUCUGGACAAACUGGAGUCGAUGUUAGAGAUCCUGCAGACAGACACUAAACAGGGCACAGUCACCCCGACCGAGAUAGCAGACAACAUACUCAAUAUCAUGGGUGACCUGAUCCACCAGGUGAGCCAGGCUGCCUCCUCUCCACCUCCGGAGGCCGAGGACCGCGGCGACCUCUCCCAGCAGCCUCCGUUUCUCUUAGAGGAGCAGCAGCAUCACCCGCUGCGGGUGGCCGCUAAAGCCUACACCCUGUCCUCCGUCCUCAUGCGAAUCCUCAUGCUGGGCCGCGUCCUCAAUGAGGAGCCCCUGAUCCUCCGCGCGGCCGAGAUCGCAACCGCCGGCAAACGCGCCGACCCGCAGAGCCUGCUCUGCUACGGCGAGAGCGACGCGCCUGAGUGCCGGCGUUUUUCCAUCCCGCGAGCGUUCAACAGCAGUCUGGGACGGGCAGCAGGGGGUGCUCUGGCGCCCAACAGCGAGGAUGGCAUCGUGCAGCUGCUGUUCCAAGUGGAGCCCAAUCCCUUUCCGUUCAACUACAUCGCCAAUUACACCGUGUCGACGGAGGUGGCGUCCAUGGAGUUUCGCACGGUGAACGGGACACAGAUUCCCAUCUCGGAUCUGGACGACAGCCAUGCCAUAACAGUUGCCGUUAAUAACGGGAGCGCGGCUGGGCUGGACGGUAACGGAUUGGAGGCUAUCUUGCCGCCAGCGGGAGCCGAGAACAUCAGCCGCUGCGGUUCAAUCAUCGUGAGGGUGAGCACGAGGAACACCAACAGACAAGCGGGAAUCUACGUCCAGCUCAACUUCACCGUACUAGACGAUUCUCCAGAAAAGUGGGAAUUGGAUCCAUUCAUCACAGCAUAUCUGCACACCUCCGAAUGGCCCAAUGAAUACAACAGCACUGACAGGAAACGCAUCACACUCGAUAUGACGCGGGGGCGGGACCUGGACCACCGACUCUACACUUUCUUCCUGUCUCCGAAGUCCUAUGACACCACGCGUGAUCACUUCAUAAACGUGUCGACGGGCUGCGGCGCAGACGAUCCGCAUCUGAUCCGGCUGGAGGUGGCCGUCUUCACCUCGCUGUGUCAGUAUUUCAGCGAGAGCAGCAGUCAGUGGCGGACGGACGGCAUGCAUCCGCUUCCCGAGACCAGCGUGAGCCGAGCCGUGUGUCGCACGCAUCAUCUCACCGCUUUCGCCGCGAGUCUGUUCGUUCCCGUCGACGCCGUCUCCUUCAUCAUUCCUGAGCGUUCGGUGGCUCGUAGUCUGGUGGUGGUGCUGGUGUGUGUGAUCGGACUGCUGUGUUACGCUGUGGCCGGUGCUAUAAUGCGCAAGCUGGAUCAGAUGGACCUGAGACGGGCCUCUGUGGUGCCGCUGUGUGGGAAGGACGGUCUGUACAAGUACGAGAUCCAGGUGAAGACCGGCUGGGCUUACGGAGCAGGAACCACGGCUCACGUCGGCAUCAGUCUUCACGGCAGUGAGAGCCGCAGUGGACACAGACACCUGGACAGCAUCGGCGCAUUCGCUCGAAACAGCCUGGACAUCUUCCACAUGGCCUCCGACAGCAGUCUGGGCAGCGUGCUCAAGAUCCGCGUGUGGCACGACAACAAAGGUCUGUCUCCUGCAUGGCUGCUCCAGUACGUCCUGGUGAAGGACUUACAGACGGGCAGCAGUUAUUUCUUCCUGGUUGAGGAAUGGCUCUCGGUCGACAACGAGAAAACGGACGGCAGAGUCGAGAUAGAGGUGGAAGCUUCAGAGGAGGCGGAGCUGCGUGACUGGCCGCGGCUGCUGUCCUGGGAGCUGCAGAGGGCCGUGUGUGAGAGCCACGUGUGGCUGUCGCUAUGGGAACGACCUCCGCGGAGCCCCUUCACGCGGCUGCAGCGGCUGACCUCCUGCACGCUGCUCAUGCACCUCUGCAUGCUGGCGAACGCAGUGUGGUACGGCACCGUCUCCUACGGCAACAGCUCUACGCCGGUGUCUGCUGUGGUCUCUGUGAAUGUGGAGACGCUGUGGGUGGGGCUUGUGAGCUGUCUGCUGGUCUAUCCUGUCUACCUGCUCGUCUUCUGUCUGUUUAGACUCAGCCGCAGUAAGGUCUCUGUGGAGCAGCUUCCUCCUCAGGUGGACCAGGAGUCUUUAGAGAUCGAUGACUUCCUGGAUAACUCACUGACAGGAAGCUCUUUUCUGAUGCUGAAUGGAAUUCCUGGAGAGCCUACUUAUCUUCAGAGGUGGAGCAUUCCUGACUGUGAUUGGCCGGAUGUGUUGACCGACCCGUCUGUGGAGAUGGGGCCGGUGUUCCCGCCUCGGCUCAAGAGAGGUCAGGGCAGCAGACAUCUGGGUGUGGACAUUCCCUUCAGUCCCGACGAGGAGGACACCGUCUGUGACAACAGCCACAGGAACAAAUACUUCUCCUCUUCAGAUGAGGAUCUAAUCAAGCGCAUUCUGGCCGAUGGACAGCUGCUGUCUCAGACGGACAGUGACACGGGCGAUCUCUCCAGUAUAUUCGGUGAUAAAACAGAGGUGAUUCUGCUGCAAAAGAUGAAUGAACCUGUUCCGUGUGCAGCAUUUAGACGAGACCCUCCCAAAACUGCCUUUACAUCACGCACAGUGGUGACGGAUGUGUGUAAGCCCAGGCCGUUUCCUCCUCUGUGUGGAUUGGCUGCUCUGUGGGCCAGCUGGGUGGGGCUUGUCCUGUCCAGCAGCCUAUCAAUGUGGUUGGGGCGGAGCUUCAGCGAGGGCGUGGCUCUGAUGUGGCUCAUCUCCUGCAUUGUCAGUUUCCUGUCGUCAUUCCUCCUUCUCGAACCUCUGAAGAGUGUGUAUUUCUCUCUGGUCGUGGGCCGUCUGAGAGCUGAAGAGCAGGAUGUUCUGGUGGACUGUCCGCGUGUGGAGAGAGUGGUUCAGCGAAUCCCGAGAGUGAGGCCUCCGCAGGGGUUCGCUCUCUCACAGGCCCGAGAGGAGGCGCGCAAAGUCCGCCUGCUGCACACCAUGCUGAAGGGUUUCCUGCUCUACAUGCUGUUCCUGCUGGUGGUUUUACUGCUCAACUACUCAGACUCGACCAAAGACGCCCAUCGCCUACGACUGCACACUCAACUGCAGGAACACUUUCUCACAGAACACUUUAACAACAUCAGCAGACGUGAGGAUGUGUGGGCGUGGCUCUCAGACUCCCUGUUACCACGGUUACUGGAUGGGCCCGACCUGAUGGAGAAGACGGGCAGCCUGCUGAUAGGUCGACCCCGCCUCAGACAGCUGAGAGAUCAGCCAGAAUGCCCCGUCAUUGGCUAUUUCCCAGCAGCCUCUUGGUUUGGGUGUGUCUCGGCCAGGUGGGCGGAGUCAGCCUCAGGAUUGACGCAGAACUGGAGUAUUAGUACAGCUGAGAGCAGCGGUGUGUGGCACUGGGGGCAGGUGUCUGUCUACAGCAACACUGGAUUCGUGCAGGAUCUCAGCAGGACCAUGCAGGACUCUAGAGCUCUGAUCAAACAACUCAACACACACCAGUGGCUCGACCCGCUGACCAGGGCUCUAUUCGUGGAGUUUCCCCUCUAUAACAUCAACACCGAUCUGUUGGCCGUCUUCACGUUCCUGCUGGAGUUUCCUGUAUCUGAGCAUGCUCAGUUGAGUCUGGACCUCAAAACCUGCAGCCUUCACACGCUCAGUCAUGGCAUUGACCUUCCCCUGUUCCUGACGCUUCUUCUGCUGGUCUUCGUGAUCUAUUUUGCUGUACGUGAGGGCGCGGUUGCUUGGAAACAGGGCCGUGGCUAUUUCCUGCGUUUGUGGAAUGUAGCAAGUGUUUGCAGUCUGCUGUUGGCGAUUUGUGUCGCCAUGCUACACCUGAGUCGCUCCAUACUCUCCGCCCACCAAUGGGGGUCAUUUCUACAACAACGGGACACUUUUACGGACUUUUUUCCUCUGGCUCAACAGAACCAGGUUCUAACCCAACUCAGCGCGACUCUGCUCUUCCUGCUGAUUCUCAAGGCAUCACACCAGCUGCGUUUCAUGAGAGAAUGGGGGUUUUUCGGGAGAACGCUAAGGAGAUCUUUCUGGGAGCUGCUGACAGUUGCUGCCGCUCUACUCGUGUUCCUGUUGGCAUACUCGCACACUGGACACCUGCUUUUCCACUCUGUCAUGGAGGGCUAUGGAACUGUUAGCUCUACUUGCUUGAAGUUACUAAGCUCUAGUGGGCGUGGACUGUUGUCAUGGCGACCGGACAGUGGCUCCUCCCCGUGUUCUGCUUCCUGUUUCAUCUUCCACAUUAGCUACACUCUCCUCAGACUUGUUUUGCUGUGGCUUUUGAUCUCGGCGUUGCUAAGGAACUAUCAUCGGGCAAGGGCAGAACUGUACCGACCAGCCGUUGACCUGCAGGACUAUGAAAUGGUGGAGUUGUUCCUGAGACGCCUCAAAAUGUGGAUGGGGCUCAGCCGUGUUAAAGAGUUCCGGCACAAGGUGCGAUUUGAAGGUAUGGAGCUCCCUCCUUCACGUUCCUCUUCAACUAGUGACUGCAAGUCCUUGUGUCUUCCUCCUCUGGACACUCCUGAGGCUCCCCCAACCCCUGACAGUGUUGACGGAAGAUCUGAGGCCUCCUGGCGGCCCACAUCCAGCAGCCCUUGUAGUCUGGCUGAAGCCCCAGGUCUGGGACUAGGCCUCACAGGCCUUGGGGUGAUAGUUGGAGGCCAAGGCUGGAAAGAGAGAGCCGAGAUGGAGGCAACACUCCGCAGAAUCCUCCCAGCUUUUGAUGCUUUGCUUCUGCAGCUGGACCGGGUCACCCACACCACAGAGGAACUGUAUCGAACAGAGUGCCGCCUAGAGAGGCUGGUGAGGAAGAGUAGAGAACGAGGCAGAGGGGUGCGCCGCCACAGAAGUCUGGAGUCUGCAGGACAGAAGAGACAUAGAUACAAGGGGACAGACAGGAGCACACAAGUGGCUGAGAGUAGUAAAUAUCCCCCGAGAACUGAAAUAAGUGCAUCUGCGUCUGAGAGAAAUCUUCACAAGAGAGAUCGAAGAUCAAGGAAAUCAGACACGUUCUCACAAAUCACAAGUGCUCUUCCUACAAGCAUCAAUAAUGUGGACUCGAGUCCCCACAGGACUGAUAGUCUCCAAAAGAGUCAAGAAACCCCUGGUACUGUGGUGGCAGAUGUUGGCAUGACUGAGAAAGACUCUCACAAGGUGGAUUCAGGUCCCCUCAAAGCACGUCCACCUGAGGGGGACAGUAGUCCACCCAGAGGCCAAAAGUCUGACAAAGCUUCUCAUAAAGUAAAAGGAACCUUCAACAAGGUGGACCCAAAUUUCCAAAGGGAUUCUGAGGUUGCUGGCUGUGCCAGCAAACCUGUCCCUACCCCUGUUCCCACUCCAGCAUCUGCUUCCUCAGCUGCUCCUGUUUCUGCCAUAACUACCCCCGUACCGAUCCCUCGCUCCCACGGGUGGAUUCCUCCCAGCAACAGCGAGAACCUUCCCUCCAGUGUAUUCCGGCACCCUGCACACACUACUACGAAUCCCACCCGCAAACGCAAGCACAAACCUCCCCCACUUAAAAACAAGGUGCACCCCAACACAGACAGACCUAUCUCAGGACACCCCAAACCUUGAGAUCCCAAGGUUCCAACAGUCAGUACACAAGUAAAAGGCAGGAAUUAGGAAUUCAGUCAUAAGGCUUAGGAACUCAAGGAAUGUUAAAGCUCAAGGGUUACAGCUUUUCAUGAAGAAAGGAGGACCUGGCGACAGCAGGUUUUGUAACCAGGCCCUCAAGAAGAGCGUAAGCAAUACUAGUUGCUUAAAACCAAAUAAUACACCUUAGCCUUAAGUUCCAACCCACACAUCUUUCGAUUGGUAACGCCUUACUAGAAGUCUCAAAAUGGAAAUUGGGUGCAGGUCACCAUGGUUUCUACAAUCCUCAAGAAGUUCUACUUGAUGCAAGAUGCCCUUUUCCUUCUUCUUUCACAGUGACCUCAAGUCCAACCUCUUGACCCUGGUGGUCAACACAGUUGAAACCGACAAGAGCACACCUUGUGCUGUCACAGUGCAGAACAAACUCUUGAAAGAGACAAUGAAGGACUACAACAGCACGCCUGUUGAUGCAGGAUGGCUAAAGCUUGAUGGUAUUUGUUGUACAAUGUUUUUAGUUAUGUUUGAUGAAUCAUGUUCUUUUUUUGUAUUGUUGUUGAAGGAAGCUAUAUUAAGGUCAUGGGUGUAUGUAUUGCCCAUCGAUGCAGAAAAGGCACAGCUUAUUCAAAAAGGGCUCACACUGACAAACUUGCACACAUACAGACAUAAAAACACCUAGACAUGCAGGUACAUAUUUGAUGCCAUUACAUAAAUAUUGAGCUAUGCUUCAAGGUACUUAUGCAUAAUUCAUGCUUCUUAAUAUAAUGGCAAGGGGCGAAAAAUAGACACAAAAACAUAUCAGAAAAUAUAUGGACUUGUAUGAUUUAUUCACUUACACUUGUACACUCACACUAACAUACUUCUGAAGAGGCCAUCAGGGUGCUAAACAACUAGUAAUCCUCAGGAUUUCAAAUAUAUUUCUCUGACAUAAUUGCAUGUCAGCUCCAUUCAGAUGUUUCUCAGAGCGAAAUAGACCAGAGGGCGAGUGAGAGGAUGAAAUUAGAACGAAAACCGAGAAGGGGAAGUGUAUCAGAAAGUGUGAAUUUAAAGGGAGACAAAAAAUUGGAAUAAGUUAAUAGUAGGACAUGAAAUGUUAGGUGAAGUAAGGAAAAUGUUGAGAGAUCAUUAAGACAAAGGUAUGUCCCUCAUUCAACUCCCAGAAUUCUCUGUAUGGGGAUAUGUUAUUCCUGCAGGUAAAAACAAGGUUCCAUAAAGCAUUAUUAUUGAAAGUAAAUUGUUAAUGAAUGAAAAACCAUCUUAUGAUAAAUGGAAGUGUGUUUGUUGCUGCAUUCUAUGAUAUUUUAAAUCUAAUUUAAAAAGCACUUUGUAUUAAUGUUAUAAUAUGAAUGAUCGUGAUGGCAUCAGUGUGAUUUAGUUUGAAUGUGUUAUGGAAAAUGUUUUGCAGAAAUAAUAAAAUAAGCUUGGUACGAAUAUAAGAGAUAGUUACAACAGAAUUACUCUCCAUAUAACUUUGCCAAAGCUUGCUACUCAAGUAACAAGAUUAACUUAAGUUUCUCUUGAACUUAGCACUUUAUUUCAAUGUCAAGCAUUAGUGCUUUGCCAUAUUUAAACUAGUAUGUAACAUUUCUUCACAUACGGCUUUCCAGAACUAUUCUCUUUUGAGUAUUAUACAUGAGCUGCAUCAGGAUAGUAAUUACCAUUCAUUUUCAUGUAUUUGUUUCUACAAUGUGUUGAUUUAAUGUCUCUUGUGAAGUACUAAAUUGUUGUUUACCGUGAUGAUGCUCAGGGACCCUAUUUUUAAAAAACCCAAAGCAGGAUUUUGUUUGUUUGUUGUUUUUUUUCCGCUUUAAUCAUAAUACAUGUAUUAAGGUCUCGUAUAAUGAAAUUAGAGUAGUUGAGAGUGAUUUGAUGAUUAGGUUAUGCUUAAGCACUCAAAAAUAUCCACUACAGGGAGUUCUGAUUCUGUCAAAGGUCACUUCCACUACAGUAACGUCCUUAUUCAGGCCAUUCCAGAUGAGUUUUUGAAAGGUCUUGUUUAUCUGUACAUAUUGGUGUGCCCUGAUGUAAAUAUUGUUUUCGGGUUUGAUUGCAUUGUUUUAAUCUCGUUUGCCUAAACCGCACUGAGCAGAAAUUGUUGUUUCUUUUUCGGUACACAAAAUGGAUCGCAGUAUGCACACUCAUUUCACACAAAUGCUUUGCUGCAUAUUUCAUUUCUCCCUGGCACUGGCCAAAGGAAAAAAAUAAGACCCAAAAAGUAUGAAAGCAUUGCUGUUUUUUGUAACAUUUUCAACAGAACUACACACAGCACAAGCAGUCAUUUUAAAAUAUAAUGGCUUUUUAGUAGUUCUUUGCAGGAUAGUACUGCUGCUGAAAUAUAUCAUACUUUUAGGUGUGUCAAAAAAAAAAAUCAUGUCUGCCAUUUUAAACCAGUCACAAGUGCCAAAACAUACUUGCAUGCAAUAUUGUAAAGUCUUAAAUAUUUUGUAUUAAAUGCUGAAGGUAAUGUGUUGAUUGCAGGUUUGCCAUUUUGUGUUGUAUUGUGCUGUUGUACUUGUAACGUUGUAGCACUUCGCUUUACAUGCUUUUGCACUUGACAAAGUCAAAUAAAGAGUCUGACAGCU